AUGUAUUUCGCAGCUUAUGACACUCCAGCAGGAUGUGCCUCAGUGUGCCUCAGUGUGCCUCAGUGUGUCCCAGUGUGCCUCAGUGUGUCCCAGUGUGCCCCAGUGUGCCUCAGUGUGUCCCAGCGUGUCCCAGUGUGUCUCAGUGCCCAAGUGUGUCCCAGUGUGCCUCAGUGUGUCCCAGUGUGCCUCAGUCUGUCACAGUGUGUCCCAGUGUGCCUCAGUGUGCCCCAGUGUGCCCCAGUGUGCGUCAGUGUGUCUCAGUGUGCCUCAGUGUGCCUCAGUGUGCCUCAGUGUGUCCCAGUGUGCCUCAGUGUGUCCCAGUGUGCCCCAGUGUGCCUAAGUGUGUCCCAGCGUGUCCCAGUGUGUCUCAGUGCCCAAGUUUGUCCCAGUGUGCCUCAGUGUGUACCAGUGUGCCUCAGUCUGUCACAGUGUGUCCCAGUGUGCCUCAGUGUGCCCCAGUGUGCCCCAGUGUGCCUCAGUGUGUCUCAGUGUGCCUCAGUCUGUCACAGUGUGUCCCAGUGUGACCCAGUGUGCCCCAGCGUGCCUCAGUGUGUCUCAAUGUGUCCCAGUGUGCCCCAGUGUGUCUCAGUGCCUCAGUGUGCCUCAGUGUGCCUCAGUGUGUCCAAAUGUGCCUCAGUGUGUUCCAUUGUGCCCCAGUGUGCCUCAGUGCCCCAGUGUGUCCCAAUAAUCCUCAGUGUGUCCCAGUGUGUCCCAUGUGCCUCCGUGUGCCUCAAUGUGCCUCAGCGUGUCCCAGUGUGCCCCAGUGUGUCUCAGUGCCCCAGUGUGCCCCAGUGUGUCCAAGUAAUCCUCAGUGUGUCCCAAUGUGUCCCAGUGUGCCUCAGUGUGUCCCAGUGUUCCUCGGUGUGCCUCAAUGUGCCUCAGUGUGUCCCAGUGUGCCCGAGUGUGUCUCAGUGCGCUAGUGUGCACCCGUGUGUCCCAGUGUGCCUCAGUGUGUCCCAAUGUGCCCCAGCGUGUCCCAGUGUGUACCCCAGUGUGUCCAAACGUGCCCCAGCGUGUCCCAGUGUGUCCCAGCGUGCCCCAGUGUGUCCCAGUGUGUCUCAGGGCCCACGUGUGUCCCAGUGUGUCCCAGCGUGUCCCAGUGUGUACCCCAGUGUGUCCAAGCGUGCCCCAGUGUGUCCCAGUGUGUCCCAGUGUGCCCCAGUGUGCCUCAGUGUGUUUCAGUGCCCCCGUGUGUCCCAGUGUGUCCAAGUGUGCCUCAGUGUGUCCCAGUGUACCUCGGUGUGCCCAAGUGUCUCCCAGUGUGCCCCAGUGUGCAUCAGUCUGCCGAUCGUGCUCUGGACCCUGCGUGACAAAAAAUACACGUCACCAUUAGUCCGUUUACCGUUACCACGGAAACCAGGUCUUCUUUAA